CUCAAGUUUAUAUAAUUAACAUUUGCAUCACUUCACACAAACAACCCCAAAAGGAAACACCAACUUUUUUUAAAAGAGAGAGAGAGAGAGAACUCACAGAGUUAACAUGAAUUUGCAAGAAACCAGACUCUAAAGGGAGAAACAAAAAGGUCAGGGAGAGAGAGAGAGAGAGAGAGAGAGAGAGAGAUCAAGAAUAGGAUUAAUGGAUGUGAGGAAAAUAGUGGUAGUAGUAGAAGAUGUAGAAGCAGCAAGAACAGCAUUUAAGUGGGCACUUGACAACUUCCUUCGCUAUGGUGAUCUUAUAACUCUUCUUCAUGUUUUCUCUCCUUCAAAUUCAACAUCAAGAAGCAAGAAAAAACUGAGGCUGCUUCGCUUGAAAGGCUUCCAGUUGGCUCUUUCUUUCAGAGAUAUAUGUAACAGCUUCUUUAAUACAAAUAUUGAGAUUAUAGUAACAGAAGGGGAUGAAGAGGGUGGAAGAAUCGCAGCUAUGGUUAGAGAGAUUGGUGCUUUUGCUCUUGUUGUUGGUCUCCAUGACCACAGCUUUCUAUACAAGUUGGCAAUGGCUCACAACAAUAACGCAAACAACUUAAAUUGCAAAAUCCUUGCCAUCAAACAGCCACCUGCAAGACCACCAUUGAAGACCAAAGCAACACCAGCACCAAGAACAGUAGUUCUAGACAGUUCAACCAACAUGGACUUUUCACAGAUCGAGAUUGCUAGAUUAAAGGUUCCUGAUAUUCCUCCACCAAAGGUUCCAUACAAGAUCUGCCCAGAUCCAUCCUUAGUAAUAUGGAGAUGGAGGAAGUCGAGAAGGAAGAGUGGCUCCUGAAAUUCAGCAUGGUUGAUAUCAUCUCAACUGCACACAGUUUAUGCUGAUCAUAGCUACUGCAAUUCUUGGACAUGGCUGCCUGGCCUUUGGCCUCUAGCUUUUUAAAAUUGUCUCACAAACAUCAAACCUCAAUAUACAAAAUGAAUAGUGGAAUUGACAAAUGAAUAGCUAUUUUUGCUUACAAA